GAUGGCAGCCGGAGCAGCUUCGCGAUCCGUCCAGGUGCCAAAGGCUUCACGGAAGCCCGCGAGUCCUAAAGCCGAUCCGGAGCCUAAGGCGAAGCCGAGGCCUCCGGCAACGGCUUUUAGUGUGUGGUCCUGGUCUGAUUCUGCGGGCGAAGGAUCAGCGGAGGAAGCAAGGUCGACUUCGGAUGCUGGCCGGACAAUUGGCAAGGGCAAAGGCAAAAGUAUGAAGGGCAAGGACAAACACGCGGAUCCUGGCUUGGAGAAGGGCAAAGCGAAAGGCAAGGAGAAGGGGAAGGAGAAGGGGAAGGAGAAGGGGAAGGAAAAGGGCUUGGAGAAAGGCAAAGAGAAGGGCGUGGAGAAGGGCAAGGAUAAAGGUGCGGAGAAGGGCAAGGACAAAGGCGCUGACAAAGGCGCUGAGAAGGGCAAGGAAAGGAGGACGGAGAAGGGCAAGGGGACGGAGAAGAGCAAUGACAAGGGGAUGGAGAAGGGCAAGGGCAAGCAGAAGGCUGCGGAAAAAGCAGCCCCACAGGCCGCCGCUCAUGAGAGAAAGGCGACAGCGGAGGAGAAAGCCCCGCAGAAAGGGAAAGAGAAGGGCAAGGAGAAGAGCCCAAAAGGGCCAGAGAAAGGAAAAGGAAAAGCUGAGAGCAAAGUCCAAGGAAAGGGUGCCAGUUCCAAACCGGAACGCAGAGAAGCCAGCGACUCCUACGGCGAUGUGGGCGACGUCUGGAAGCUUCUCUGA